AUGUGUCGCUCGUCAAACAGAGGUCAUCAUGCCAAGCCGAAAUACACCACUCGUGUCCACACGCUGACAGAGGCAGAAACCGCCACCAGCCGCGUGGACGACGAGGAGGAGCUUUACUUUCACACACUCAAGAAGCAGGCGGCCGAGAAGCGCGAGACCGUUACCCCUAGCAACAGUGACGACACACAGGCGUUCAUCACACUCAGCACUGAAUCCGACCAUGCACAAAGAGACAUAUCGUACAAAAUUGAUACCGGCAGUGAAGGAAACGUGAUAUCUGCAGCAGUAUAUCGUUCAUUACUGACUGGGAACACUGCCACUGAUGGAGUACCCCCUGGCUUGCGCCCCACCCAAACCAAGCUGAUCGCGUUUGGUGGACAUACAGUUGAGCACUAUGGUACAUGCUCUCUCACAUUGACACACCGUGAGCAGAGUGAAUGCUGUACAUUCCACGUGAGCAAAGAUGACUGCCCCGCUAUAGUAGGCCUGCCUGCGUGCAGAGCGCUGAAGCUAGUGACAUUACACUAUAACAUAAACAUCGCGGACGCUACAAGCACGCCAGCAGAUGAUGUGCACACCAACACUGUGACAUCAUCAGAGGCAACAAAGCCACGAGGUGACCCGGUCGCUCGAGAAAACACCCUGAUCCAGUACAGUGAUUGCUUUGAAGGCACAGGAUGCUUCACGCAGCCACAUCACAUCACACUGGACCCGUCCGUACAACCAGUAGUACACUCACCCAGACGAGUACCCGUAUCGCUACGCGCACAGCUCAAGGCAGAACUCGACAGCCUGGUGGAGCAAGACAUCAUCGCCAAAGUGGAGCGCCCGACAGUGUGGGUUAAUUCUAUCGUGGGCGUGACAAAACCCGACGGGACAUUACGAAUCUGUUUGGACCCCAAGGACCUGAAUGAAGCCAUCAAACGACCACAUCACUACACACCAACGCUAGAGGAGAUAUUACCCAAGCUGGCCGGUGCACGAUGGUUUUUUAUACUCGAUGCCACGAAAGCAUAUCACUCGGUGUCGCUCGAUGAUGAGUCAUCAUAUCUCACCACAUUUAACACGGUCUACGGCAGGUAUAGGUACAGACGAUGUUUUGGCCUUAAAGACGCCCAAGACGUGUUUCAACCCCAGAUCGACGCUACAUUCGGCGACAUCAAAGGCAUCACCGGAAUCGCUGACGACCUCAUCGUAUACGGCUUCGAUGAAAGCGGUAAGGAACACGACGAUGCCCUACACGCCGCUCUACAACGCACACGUGAGUCCGGAGUAAAGUUUAACAAAAAGAAAAUCGUGAUUCGCGCACGGAGAAUACCGUUCUUUGGCCACAUCCUCGGUGCAGACGGACUGCAGCCUGACCUUGCCAAAGUAGCCGCAAUCAGCGCCAUGACAAGCCCGACGGACGUCAAGCAGAUGCAAAGAUUUCUAGGCAUGGCCAUCCGUCACGUGAUCAUACACACUGACCACAAGCCUCUGGUCAGCAUCACAAAGAAGAGCAUGGUCAACAUACCGCCGCGGCUAGCACGCAUGAUGCUACGUGUCAAGGCAUAUGAUGUCGACAUUACUUACAAGCCAGGCCGAGACAUUCCACUCGCGGAUGCACUAUCACGCGUUAACCCAUGCAGAGGUGACGCUAUCCGUGGCAUGGAUAUCACUGUCCAUGAACUUCACAGUCAACUCUCCGCAUCUCCGCAGUGCCUGCAAGACAUCAAGCGCGAAACACUGCUAGACCCAGAGCUAUCUCAACUCUGCGAUCUCAUUGUGUGCGGAUGGCCAGACAAACGCGCAGCCUUCCCGCCUCGUCUCCAUGGCUACUGGAACUACAGGGACGAGCUUUCUGUUCAUGAUGGCAUCAUUAUGAAAGGGCUACGUAUCCUGAUACCGCAAAGCCUGAGACCUGCACUACUAGAACAGAUACACUACGCACACAGUGGUCGCGAGAAGUGUAAACUACGCGCACGUAAUGCAGUAUUUUGGCACGGGAUAAAUCGCGACAUCGGCGGACUCGUUGCUAGUUGCAGUACGUGUCAAGCGCAUCAGCCCGCCAACAAAGCUGAGUCAUUAUAUCCGCAUGAUGUACCACCAUACGCAUGGCAUACACUCGCCUCUGACAUGUUCCACUGGGAACAGAAGGACUAUUUAUUGGUGGCUGACAUGUUCAGCAAGUUUCCAGUCGUCCGCUGCCUACACUCUACAACAUCUCGCUCGGUCAACAACCACCUAAAGGCAAUCUUUGACGAGCACGGUGUGCCCGAGGAGAUGCUGACAGACAACGGUCCUCAGUACACGGCAGCAGAAUUUACCACGUUUGCCAAGCAGUACGGGUUUAUCCACAAAACCAAUUCACCGCAAUUCCCUUCAUCCAAUGGAUUUAUUGAGCGUACUGUACAGACGGUAAAGAACGUUUUCACGAAGGCGAGAGAGAGUGGGAACGACCCUCAUCUCGCCAUGCUGUGCCUCAGAACAACACCUGUGGAUCACAACACGCCAUCACCGAGUGAGUUGCUCAACAACCGCCGAUACCGCGCAAAUCUUUCCACGAUUCCGGUACACACCGAUGGGCGUAUCAACGAAACCCUACAUCUUUGCCAGGACGUACAGAAGAGGUUCCACGACCGCCGCUACCCCCACACGCUCCCAGAGCUACGCACAGAGGAGAUCGUACGAGUGACCCCAUCACCAAGCGCUGGCAACCAGCCAUAG